AUGCCGAUCCAGGAAUGGUACAAGGGCUUCCUCAAGGACUGCCCCACCGGCAACCUCACUGUGGAGGAGUUCAAGAAAAUCUACGGCAACUUCUUCCCCUACGGUGACGCGUCCAAGUUCGCCGAGCACGUGUUCCGCACGUUCGACGCCAACGGUGACGGGACGAUCGACUUCCGGGAGUUCCUCUGCGCCCUGUCCGUGACGUCACGGGGUCGGCUGGAGCAGAAGCUCAAGUGGGCCUUCUCCAUGUACGACCUGGACGGCAACGGGUACAUCAGCCGACCGGAGAUGCUCGAGAUUGUCACGGCCAUCUACAAGAUGGUGGCUCCGUUGAUGAAGAUGCCGGAGGACGAGUCGACGCCCGAGAAGCGCACCGACAAGAUCUUCCGCCAGAUGGACCGCAACCACGACGGCAAGCUCAGCCUGGAGGAGUUCGUGGAGGGCGCCAAGAGUGAUCCGUCCAUCGUGCGGCUGCUGCAGUGUGACCCUCAGGCGCAGUGACCCGGCCCGCCCGCUGCCUGCCAGCUCGGCCCGGCCCGGCCCGGCCCGGCCCGCGU